AUGGAACGCUCAUCGGAUAUCCAUCACACACACACUGGGAAAAUAUGUCGAAGUUGCUUCGGUGAAAUUGCUGAGAUUGUGUCAAAUACUAAGGGCCUUUUCCAUCAGCAAACUAAUGGGAAAGGUGAUGCCCGUGUGGUGAACCGUAUCUGGCUCGCCUUAGGCGAACACCUAGCGGAUCUGUUGGCACAAAAAAAGUCCGCCAUUGUGCCGGACUUUUUGCAUGCAAGCAUGAAAGUAAAUUCGAACCUGUACUUUGACGAAAGCACCCGUGUUGUUAACAAGCCCCAGCUAGUUCUCUUGCCUGAUUUCACCUCUAGAUAUCACCUGCAGAACGUGUUGGUGAUGAAAGAUGCCCAUUAUCACGCUACAGUUCCGCGUUAUGUUAACUAUUCUACUAUCUCAAACAUGGUCGGUGUUAACCGCUAUGUUGUAGAGGCCGCUGUGAAAGAUUCCAUCGCAGAAAUAGGUAAGUACACACAUCGCAAUCCAACAUCUACCCUAAGCAUUGACAUCGGAAUCGGGAUUUUAGAGCUUUGUAACCGUGAAUAUCGGAUGAAAUGGUCUCCUAGGUUCUUUGAGAACCUAAAGAUGAGCUUCAUGAAAACGGAUUCUCUUCUGAAGCCAUACGAUCCGCCAUCGAUGCUGAAGGAUGGACCUGACACCGAGUGCCGAUUUCAGGCAGGUUGCCUUACCCAUGGGGAGUUCCAUCAAGCGUUGGAGAACACUAAGGAGGCCGAGAUGCGGUUAACCGUAGCCGAGAUGAAUGAUGGGCUUGGUGGUUCUUCCUACCGAAAGACUUAUUGGUGA